AUGACGGUUUCCGAUCAGGUGAAUGUGCGACAAUUCAUUGCGUCACAUCAGCUCGAAUUCUCGCUACUGGUCCUGGUCGCGCACGUAUUGGCCGAUAAGCAUGCUUUCGUCGCAGCUCUUCAGGCGCCAGUUCGGUGCUGGGGGUCCGAGAAGGGCACUGUACAUCCCCGAGAUGUAUUAGACGAUUGGGGCUUUCUAGCGGUCUUCUGCUUCGGAUUCACGCUCGCUCGUCCGCUCGUAACAGACCACCUCCUACAGCUGACUCUACGCAAAUAUGGCUUCGGACCCCAGGACUCCUCCCAUCUCGCUGCCCUGGGCUGGAAGGCCACCUCGCGCGGUAUCAUGAUGCUAUAUGCCCUGGGCCUUUGGUACAACACUCCAGGCCUCCUCAAUCCCCAGCAACUAUUCCAGGACUGGCCACAAUCCCAAAUCACCCACCCCAUGCAAUGUUUCUUCCUCCUGCGCAUCGCCUUCUAUCUACACCAGUGCCUGAUCAUGGUCAUCGAACCGAUAAAAGAUGACUUUAUCGACAAGUUCCUCCACCAUGUUCUGACCUGCACGGUGGUGGUCGCCUGUUGCAACAGCCGGGCGUACAUUCUGCUCUAUGGCAUUCUCCUCACCGCAGAUCUGGCAGACUUCCUUCUCGCCUUUGUGCAAAUCCAACGAUGUUUGAAGUAUCAGAAGAGCCUGCGGAAUUCCCUUAUCAUCUUCAUUGUCAUCUGGGUUUUGACCCGACACGUGACGUUUGGCUAUCUGCACUGGACGCUGCACCGCCUGCUGCCGGUAUCCGGGGACUGUGAGGCCGUAGUGACGGGACGCAUGAUGCUUGAUCCGGGGGCUUCCGGGUGGGGGAGUCUGGCUUCGCAGGCGCAGGUCACGCCAGGCGCCGUGUGCCUGUCGCGGAAUGUGAAGUUGGGGUUGUCUGGUAUUUCGAUCGCGUUACAGGGAUUAUUCACAAUCUGGACGCGCGAUUUCAUUCGAGUGGCGUUGCAGGUGCACAAUCAGUGUCGCGCUGGCGAGGCGAGAAGGAAGGCUGCAAGGAAAGGAACCUCCUCUUUUUAA